GUUAUUUGAGUUUUUAAAGUGAAAUUAGUUUGUGUUUAAUAUUUAUAAACAGUUUUAAAUUUUUAAAAUUAAGUGUUUAUUUAAAUAAUUUAUUAAUCGCUUUAAAAAUGUCUAAUAAUAAAUCUAACGGUAACGGUGUGGUGACAAUCAAAAAGCAGCCAGCUAAUAAUGAAAUUACAACAUGGGAAAAGUAUACGUACACCACAAUCAUGUGUUUUACUAUGAUUACCUAUGGUGUAUGCAACUCGACAUUUUUCCCGGCCUUUGUGGACCUGAAGUACGCGUUGAAUACAUCGCUGAAUAUGAUUGCAUUGAUCUCGACGUUCAUGUGUUUCGGUUAUAUCAUGGGAUCUCUGAUUGUAAUUAAUAAUAAACAGGGUAAACUUUCCAUUGAAUGCGCCAAACAGGCUGUUAAAGUCGCUUAA